AUGGAGUCUCGUGAUUUUAACUUAGAUAUCAUCUUCGAAAUUUUAUCACGUUCUUCCUUGAAAACUCUGGCUAGAUGCAGGCUUCUUUCCAAGGAAAUUAAUAGUCUCACUUAUCAGUCAGCUUUCAUGAAUCUCCAUUGCCCGAGAACCAAAACCAUAUCUGGGUAUUUUGUGCAAAGCUUGAGGUAUAACAAGUAUUCUUCUGCCUUUGUUGAUAAUAUUUGUUCAGAUUAUAAAUUGUCCGUUGAUUUCUUAUGUGUUCCUGUAAAGAUUGAGGCAUCCACAAGCCAAGGUAUUUUGCUUUGUAGUUAUAAUAGGGAGAGAAUUCCUCGCUAUUAUGUGUGCAAGCCUAGUACUAAAGAAUGGCAAAUCAUUCCAAAUCCUAAGACUCGAUAUUUCACCGAAGGUUUUGCCAUGAUUGUGUUGAAAUCAAAUCCUUUGCACUACAGGAUAGUGAGAUUCUCAAGGCCUCGGGGUAGCCAUAAAAGGUAUCACCUUAGAUGCGAGCUUUUUGAUUCAAUGACCAGGGCAUGGAAGCAGCUGCAAGAAGUAAAAUUUUCGUACGGUGAGUUCCUUAAAAGUUUCGAGCCAACAGUAUCAGCUUGUGGUUCCCUUCACUGGCUUACCACUAAAAACAAUAUUUUAGCAUUCCAUGAAGACAUAGAGAAGUAUAGCAUCUAUUCACUCCCUUCUCCAGUUUAUGAGAGUAAUACUUACGAAUACAAAAAGCUCACUGAGUAUGAAGGGAAGCUUGGUCUAAUCUGCAAGGGAACAGAUAAUAGUUUCAUGGACUUGUGGGUAAUGGAAAGUUAUGAAAAAAAAGAAUGGUGUAAAAGGCAGAGAAUCAGUAUUGAAUGUUUAAGAGAAAUAGAGAAAUACACAAAUCCUGAUGUCUUUUACAAUGCUGAUAUUGCACUGAUGAGAGGAUUCUACAAAGUCAUAUUUUUCAAGUUUAAGAAUGGAAACAGCGCCGAUAUAGUGAGACUGGACAAGAACAUUAAUAUGCUGGGUACAGAAGUUUUUCCCUUUAAAUCCGAUUUUGAGCCAAGUAAUUUGAAGAAUGAGUUUUUGCAGAGGGCAGACAAGAAGAAGGAAAUCAAAGAAAAGGGCAAUGGAGUCUCUUAA